GCGCGCCCUCGCUCCCUCCCGUCAGCCACCGCCCCUCGGCGUAGGGAGCGGCGUGCAGUCCGGGACGCCUAGGCCUGGGGUCGGGAGCGCGCACGCUGUGCGUUCUGGGCGCGCUCGGGAUUCUCGCCUGGCGCGGCUGGGGAAAGGUGAACAGUGUGGUCCGCCAUGUUCUUCUCCGCGGCGCUCCUGGCCCGGGCGGCUGGCCUCACCGCCCACUGGGGAAGACAUGUAAGGAAUUUGCAUAAGACAGCUAUGCAAAAUGGAGCUGGAGGAGCUUUAUUUGUGCACAGAGAUACUCCUGAGAAUAACCCUGAUACUCCAUUUGAUUUCACACCAGAAAAUUAUAAGAGGAUAGAGGCAAUUGUAAAAAACUAUCCAGAAGGCCAUAAAGCAGCAGCUGUUCUUCCAGUCCUGGAUUUAGCCCAAAGGCAGAAUGGGUGGUUGCCUAUCUCUGCUAUGAACAAGGUUGCAGAAGUUUUACAAGUACCUCCAAUGAGAGUAUAUGAAGUAGCAACUUUUUAUACAAUGUAUAAUCGAAAGCCAGUUGGAAAGUAUCACAUUCAGGUCUGCACUACUACACCCUGCAUGCUUCGAAACUCUGACAGCAUACUGGAAGCCAUUCAGAAAAAGCUUGGAAUAAAGAUUGGGGAGACUACACCUGACAAACUUUUCACUCUUAUAGAAGUGGAAUGUUUAGGGGCCUGUGUGAACGCACCAAUGGUUCAAAUAAAUGACAAUUACUAUGAGGAUUUGACAGCUAAGGAUAUUGAAGAAAUUAUUGAUGAGCUCAAGGCUGGCAAAAUCCCAAAACCUGGGCCAAGGAGUGGACGCUUCUCUUGUGAGCCAGCUGGAGGUCUUACCUCUUUGACUGAACCACCCAAGGGACCUGGAUUUGGUGUACAAGCAGGCCUUUAAUUUAUAUUGAACUGUAAAUACGUCACUAGAGAAAUAAAAUAUGGACUUCCAGUCUACAUAAA